AUGCCUUCACUCUUCUCUACUCUCGUCCUUGCCCUGGGCAUGUUCCGGGCAGCUGUGGCUUCGGAAGACGACUUCGCAAGCAUGGACAUCAUGCCUGGUGAUUUCCGCCCCGACCUGUACCAACGAGCUGUUGAUGCUGGACUCGCAGGACUCUGCACCUGUCCCAACCUGUUCAUCUGCUUGGGCGACAAGUCCCAGUGCACCAUGGACAACAAAGGAUCCAUCAUCUGCUGUGCCAUGGGGCAAAGGGCUUUCAACGGACAGUGCGUUGAUGCGGCCGCCUCUCUCUGUGCCGACGGGAUCACCGUCUGCUCAGCGAACACGCAGUGCGCCACCGACAACCUCGGAGCCACCAUCUGUUGCCCUGCAGGCCAGAAGGCCGUCAAUGGCCGAUGCACCGUCGCGUCUACCAACCUCUGUGCUGAUGGCAAGAACAUGUGCGCCGGAGCCACGCCGCAGUGUACCAUCAACGUCAGCGUCUCGAUCAACGGCACGGAUAUCAGCAACACCAUCUGCUGCGCAAACGGACAGAAAGCUCUUGAUGGCAGAUGCUACGCUGGCAAUGCGCAGCUCGUGCCGUGCGGCCUGAACGGGCCAUGCAACGUCGGCACUGGAUAUUACUGCGCAAUGAGUGCUGGAGUCGCCCCCCAGUGUUGCAAGCAGGAUUCGUACCUCAAGGGCGCCGCUUGUGUCAAGAAGCCAUAA